CUACUCUGGUCUUCAUCAAAUCUCAAAAGACAAUACUAUAUUGAUGUCUCUUCAACGACCCAAUGGGAACUCGAGCUCUUCUUCUUCCCCCAAGAAGCGCAAAACUGAGGAGAGUGAUGAAGAGUUGUCGAUGGUUCCAGACAUGGAAGCAGCUGGAUCAACAGGUGUUCUAAGCAGCAGCGCCGACGACGGAGUCAACAAUCCGGAGAUUGAACAGACCCAAAAUGCAACCUCCACCGCUAAGCGCCGCCGUGGACGAAAUCCAGAGGAUAAAGAAUACAGAAGCCUUAAGAGAUUGUUGAGAAACCGAGUAUCUGCUCAACAAGCGAGGGAGAGGAAGAAAGUGUAUGUGAGUGACUUGGAAUCAAGAGCUAAUGAGUUGCAGAACAAUAAUGAGCAGCUUGAGGAGAAGAUUUCUACUUUGAUGAACGAGAACACAAUGCUUCGCAAGAUGCUUAUUAACACAAGGCCUAAAGCUGAUGACAAUUAAUUAGUGAGAGACACCUUUGAUUAAUUCAAUGUUUGUGUGAUUAUCUUCUCUUCGUAUACGAUUUUUGUUCGAAUUACGUUCGAUUUGUGACGCCUCUCCAAUAAUCUGAAUUUUUCUUCGGUUGAUAAAAUGU